AUGCUCGGAACCGCCAUGAUCAAGACGGCAGCGCUGCUGCUCGCCGCUAGCGCAUCCGUUUUUGCUGCCCCGGCUAGACCAGUCAUCACGCACCUCGGAAGCCAGGGCCCGAUAUUGUCCGGUGGUGUCAUGACCAGGGACCUCGUCUACACGAGCGGCACCACCCCGUCCAUCAACGGCACGAUUCCUGAGGGCAUCAGUGCACAGACUGCCAACGUCAUCAACAACAUCGCCGCGGUCCUCAAGGAGGCAGGCACGUCAUGGGAGUACGCUCUCAAGACCACCGUCUUCCUGGCCAACAUGGACGACUACGCGGCCAUGAACGCCGUGUACGGCGAAUUGCUGCCCAACCCCAAGCCGGCGCGGACCACCAUCCAGGCUGGAAAGCUGCCUGGAAAUUUCCUGGUGGAGAUUGAGGCCGUGGUGGCGAGGCCGCACUGUUGA